AUGCCAGCAUAUAACUCAGGCUUCGGCCAAGACAUAUGGAUGCUGCCUCCAGAGAACAUAACCAAAAUUCUUAUGAUUUUCUUCGUGGAAGAACUUUUAUACGCCUUCAUGGUAUCUACAACAAAGAUAUCAAUCAUUCUUUUCUACCUACGUAUUUUCCGAGAACCAUGGUUCCGAACAGUGUGUUAUAUACUUUUCGCCGCUACAACUUGCUUCGGUAUCUGGCAUAUUAUGCAAAUAAUCUUUGUUUCGUCGCCAAUUAGUUAUAGCUGGACGUUCUGGGACGGUGAGCAUAUAGGACAGCGCGGAAAGGUACAAAUGUUGUCUUUUGUUAAUAGCGGUAUCAACAUCACAUUAGAUUUAUGUCUCUUUGUUCUUCCGGUCACUCAGUUCAUUCACAUGUCUUGGACGUUAAGGACCAAAAUUGGCACAAGUUUGAUUUUUCUCACAGGAUUAAUUGUCACUGUUGCUAGCUGCAUUCGACUGGAGACGCUUAGGGAAUUCGGCGACACGAGGAACCCAACCUAUGACCUUCAAGGGUUAUCGACAUGGUCCUUGUUGGAACUUCAUCUAAGCGUCAUCUGUGCGUGUUUACCAGGGAUGAGAUCAUUUUUCCGCCGACUAUUACCAUCUCUCUGGCGCCGAAAGCCCUCUCCUGAGCAAAAUAGAAAUCAACCUCGCACAGGCAGAUCUCUUCCUCGAGCGUUCAGUCUUUUCAUGUCCCAAAUCACGACUAAUGGCCCAAGGAAUGACCAACAUACCCCCGAAAAUGCGGAGGAAAAGACAAGCGAUAUGAAUUCUCGGCCGCUGGUUUAA